AUGUUGGGAUCGUAUCGACUGCUGAUAAUCAUAAAGAUUAUUGUUUUUGAGUUAUUAGCUACAAUGUCAAUUGAAUCUCGUCGCCGUCGUCGUAUUCGCUCAUCAUAUGCCAUUCAUUAUUCUAUUAUACCUGUUUCGUUAGAUGAUCGUUUUGCUCUCAUUAAUUGUACAACAAAAACUCAAGUAUCUUAUGAAAUGAUUGAUUGGUAUUUUCAAAAUCGUGUUAUAUGGCAACGUGGAAAAACUGUUUAUAAACGUUAUAAUGCUUAUUCACCUGAUCAACGUAAUCAUUUUUUAUUAAUUAAUUCAUUAGAAAUCAAUGAUACUGGACAAUAUAUGUGUUUAAAUCAAAAUACGGGUGAUAUAUUAAAAUAUGAAUUAAUUGUUCGUAAGUAG